CCUCGGUCUCCCUCGACUCUCUCCCCCCAGGGCCCGCACACUCUUUUCACGUCCCCCGUUCCUUUCCCCUGCGCCCACUCUUUUGCGCAUAAUGUCUAAGCUCCUCAACCUCGUCGCCCUGUCCUCGCUCGCCGUCUUGGCAGUCACCUUUGGCCCUGCGUCUACCAACGCUCUUUCUACCGGCCAUGCCCACGUAAACCGUCACUUUGAGCACGGUGCUAUCGCCAAGAAAAAGCGCGACACGAGCAAGCGUUGCAAGGCCCGCCCUUCCACUUCGAGCAGUUCCGUCAAGCCUACCUCUACUACCAAGGCUGCUCCGACUACUACCUCUGCUGCCUCCCAGGCCCCUUCCACCAAGCCCGCUACCAAGACGACCUCCUCGAAGUCAUCUUCUUCCACUGGUCAGUCCGGUGGCUCCAGCGGCGGUGCUGCUCAUCCUGCUUCUGGCAAGUUCGGCCAGACGGGCUCCAAGAUCUGUGCUGCCUGGGGUGAUGGCAACGACGCAUCUAUCUCCAAGUUCAAGACCGACCACGUCGUCGGCAUCUACACUUGGGGUGUUGACAAGCCUUCCCAGGCUGAUGCGCUUGGCUACGACUUCUGGCCGAUGCUCUGGGGUAGUUCCGAGGACAAGAUCGAUGCCUUUGAGAAGGCCAUGCAGACUCCUAACCUUGGCACCAUUGUCCUUGGAUUCAACGAGCCCAACGAGCAGGGUCAGUCCAACAUGGACCCCCAGACCGCUGCGUCGCUCUGGAAGCAGCACAUUGAGCCGAAGCGCAACCAGGGCUAUAAGCUUUGUUCUCCCGCUAUGUCCUCCCGCCCGAACGGUCAGCAAUGGAUGGCAGACUUCAUGAAGGCUUGUGACGGUUGCCACGUCGACUACCAGUGCCUCCAUUGGUACGACACCAGUUUCGACAAGCUCAAGACCUACCUCACGGACUACCAUAACCAACUCGGCCUGCCUAUCCUGCUCACGGAGUUUGCUGAUCAGAACUUCAACGGCGGUCCUCAGGCCAACUCCGACUCGAUCUUCUCAUUCAUGAACGACGCUCUCAAGUUCUUUGACGAGACCGACUGGAUCCUCGCUGCUUGCCCCUUCGGUAUCAUGCACGAUCUCCAGGGCGUUAACACGCUCAACCUCCUCCAAGCCUCGGACGGCAGCCCCACUGAUCUCGGUUACAUGGUCAUCAACGACUCGUGGAACUAAACUGGCUGCGGGCAGGCUUUCGGUGGUGGCAACUGCGAUUAUCAUGGUGCCGAACAUACCCACCUCAGAGUCCUUAUUACCGCCCAUGCAUAUACCCCUACUUUCUCGCCUGUGGGCUUAUGGGCCCCUGGAUAGGUGUUGACGUGUUAGUCUUGUGGAGCUGUUGUGUCGGGUUUCGCGACGCUCUGAGUUUGUGGAUGCUGCUGUGCAUGCAGAUUUGUCACCUAUCAGUCUUGUUAUCUGACCCUAGCAUUUACAAUUUCUGUGUUGUGAUGUUCUGUGCCUCUCCCUCAAGCAUCGUACCGAAUGAAUACAUAUUGUAUCAUUC